CUGCGCAUGCGCGUCACCGGAAGUCGCGCGAGCCCGUGGAGAAGCAUUCGCGUGCCUGGUGCCUGCCGUAUCUCGCGGUGUGUCUCCUGCAGGUCGGGAAUCGUAGGGCGGCGCGAGGGUCUGCUCCCCAUCACCUCACCCCUCCACCGGGAGCAGCCAGCACCUUGCCAGUCACGUGACCCGGCACAGAACGGGUGGAGAAUACAGAGAGACACUGAGAGCACCGGGGGCGGCAGCAGCAUGGAUAAUUUAAGAGAGGCCUUGGAGAAAUUGAAGCUAACUGGAACGGGUUGCACUUCUGACAAUCUGGAUGGGUGUUUGGACUGUCUGCUUCAAGCUCUUGGUCAAGACAGUAUAGAAAGCAGUGAAAAAAUACAACAGAGUGGAAUACUUCAAGUGCUUGCAAGUCUUUUGAAUUCUCAAUCUUCCUGUGCAGCAAAAAUAGCUCACAUCAUAGCAGAGAUCGCUAAAAAUGAAUUAAUGCGUAUCCCUUGUGUUGAUGCUGGGUUGAUUCCACCACUGGUGAAGCUUUUAAACUCAAAGGAUCAGGAGGUGCUGUUGCAAACAGGACGUGCCCUUGGAAAUAUAUGCUAUGAUAGCCAUGAGGGCAGGCAUGCAGUUGACCAAGCGGGUGGUGCACAAAUUGUAGUUGACCUGUUACGGUCAAUAUGCACUUUAACAGAUCCAGCAAAUGAGAAGCUCAUGACUGUCUUUUGUGGCAUGCUGAUGAACUAUAGCAAUGAGAAUGAUUCAUUGCAAGCUCAGCUUAUAAAUAUGGGAGUCAUACCCACAUUGGUGAAACUGCUUGGAGUUCAUUCCCAGAAUGCUGCUUUGACAGAAAUGUGCCUUGUUGCAUUUGGUAAUUUAGCAGAACUUGAAUCAAGCAAAGAACAGUUUGCAUCUACAAAUGUUGCAGAUGAACUUGUAAAACUUUUUAGAAAGCAAACAGAACAUGAAAAGAAGGAGAUGAUAUUCGAAGUGCUUGCACCUUUGGCAGAACAUGAUGCAAUCAAGCUCCAGUUGGUAGAAGCUGGCCUGGUAGAGUGUUUACUGGAGAUUGUCCACCAGAAUGUGACCAGUGAAAAAGAUGAUGAUAUUGCAGAACUGAAAACCGCUUCUGAUCUCAUGGUAUUAUUGUUGCUGGGAGAUGAGUCCAUGCAGAAGCUGUUUGACGGUGGGAAGGGCAGUGUCUUUCAAAGAGUUCUGUCCUGGCUUCCAUCUAACAAUCACCAGCUGCAGCUUGCAGGGGCCCUAGCAAUAGCAAACUUUGCAAGAAAUGAUGGCAACUGUAUUCACAUGGCUGACAAUGGCAUUGUGCAAAAGCUUGUAGACCUUCUAGACAGACACGUAGAAGAUGGGAAUGUAACAGUACAGCACGCGGCCCUCAGUGCCCUUCGCAACCUGGCUAUACCUGUUGUCAACAAAGCAAAGAUGUUAUCUGCAGGAGUAGCAGAAGAAGUCUUAAAAUUUCUUAAAUCUGAAAUGCCUCCAGUCCAGUUUAAAUUGCUUGGAACACUGAGAAUGCUGAUAGAUGCACAAGCUGAGGCUGCGGAACAGUUGGGAAAUAAUGUAAAGCUAGUAGAACGCUUAGUGGAAUGGUGUGAAGCCAAGGACCAUGCUGGCGUCAUGGGUGAAUCAAACAGGCUGCUCUCAGCACUCAUACGGCACAGUAAAUCAAAGGAUGUAAUUAGAACUAUUAUUGAAAGUGGUGGCAUCAAGCACUUAGUCACCAUGGCAACCAGUGAGCAUGUAAUAAUGCAAAAUGAAGCACUCGUUGCUCUGGGAUUAAUCACGGCAUUAGAACUACAAACAGCAGAGCAUGAUCUAGAAAGCGCCAAGUUAAUCCAGGUCCUACACAAACUGUUGUCAGAUGAAAAAAGUGCUCCAGAGAUUAAGUACAAUUCAAUGGUCCUGAUCUGUGCUGUCAUGGGCUCAGAACCUUUGAAUAACGAAGUUCAAAAUCUGGCAUUUCUCGAUGUUGUAGCCAAAUUACGAAGCCAUGAAAACAAAACUGUUGCCCAGCAGGCCUCGUUAACAGAGCAAAGGCUAACUGUACAAAGCUGAUAUCUAUUUGUACUAAUUGUCUGUACCGCUGACUUCAUUGUUGUGUCCUAUGUACUGCUCUGGCCAUGUCCCUACCGACUCUAUUACUUGUGCAUGUGUUAUGUUGCCACAGAAACAGGCGAACUGCUGUACGAACCUGUACAAUCAUAGGCACAGAACGAUGAAAAAUAAGCCAGUCUCUCCUCAUUUCUGAUUACUGUCUCCCUUGUAUACACGUUGCUUGAACCCAGCGGUAAAAUGUGCAUGUUGUAGUCCUAUGAUGUAAAGUGAUACUCACUGCUCCCUUAUUACAAUCCUUAACUGUGUAAUAGAGUAUUGCUAGAGUAUGGACAAUACAGAAUGAAUAGCCAGUUCUUUUUGGAAUUGGAUGCUCACAUGUAGUAACAGCAGCUCCAUUUUUGGUGCUCUGGAUACAGGCUAGAAAAAGAAUGCAAUUGCCGCUCAUUCACUAGUCUUGCCUGUUGCUGUCAGACUUGUGGUACAGUAUUUAGAGUUAACUAAUAAAACUACCAGUACCAUCUG